UUUCCGGACCAGACUCAACAUAAAUACAAAUUAUGUUGGUUGGUUACUGAAUAGUUAGACGUUCAUGGAGUGGCUGCGGCUGUUGAUAUUGUUAUUUACGUUCACAAACCACGUAUCGUCAUGGGGUUCAGUGGCGGCCGGUUCGAGGUGGGAGGUGAGUCAACUCACUCGAGAGCUGAUGGACUCGGCGCGGGAGCCCGAGUUCUUUGAUUGGCUGAAGAGGGUUAGGAGGACAAUCCACGAGAACCCGGAGCUGGCCUUUGAGGAGGAGGAGACGAGUCGACUCAUCCGAUCGGAACUCGACUCGCUCGAGAUCGGGUACACGUGGCCGGUGGCGAAGACCGGGGUGGUGGCUUCUAUUGGUUCGGGGUCGCAGCCAUGGUUUGCUCUCAGGGCCGAUAUGGAUGCUCUCCCGAUUCAGGAAAUGGUUGAGUGGGAGCAUAAGAGCAAGAACCCUGGAAAAAUGCAUGCUUGUGGGCAUGAUGCUCAUGCAACUAUGCUGCUUGGAGCUGCUAAGUUACUUCAACGCAAAAGCAAAGAAAUAAAGGGCACAAUCAAGCUUGUUUUUCAACCUGCAGAAGAGGGCCGUGGAGGGGCUUACCAUAUGAUAAAAGAGGGUGCCCUUGACAACAUUCAAGGCAUUCUUGGGUUGCAUAUUUCACCGGAAAUGCCUGUCGGAACUAUUGGUUCGAGACCUGGUCCGAUGCUUGCUGCUGCUGGUAGGUUUUUGGUCACCAUUCAUGGGAAAGGUGGGCAUGCUGCAUCUCCACAUUUGGCCACAGAUCCGAUUCUUGCUGCCUGCUUGACCAUCAUUUCCCUCCAACAGAUUGUAUCUCGAGAAACAAACCCUCUAGAGUCCAGGGUCGUAACUGUGGGGUUUGUUGAUGGUGGCCAAGCAGGAAAUGUAAUCCCAGAGACGGUGACAUUAAAAGGCACGUUUCGAAGCAUGACUUCCGAAGGUCUAUACUACCUUCAGCAAAGGAUUAAAGAGGUUACAGAGAUGCAAGCUUCGGUGCAUAGGUGCACAGCAACGGUAGACUUCAUGCUGGAAAAAAUGAGGCCCUAUCCUGCCACGGUUAAUGAUGAAGCAAUGUACAAACAUGCAAAGAGUGUUGGAGAAACUUUGCUCGGGGAACCAAAUGUGAAGCUACUUCCAAUGGGUAUGGGAGCAGAGGACUUUAGCUUCUAUGCAGAAAAAAUGGCUGCUGCAUUCUUCAUGAUUGGGACGAAGAACGCGACGUUUGUAUCGAAAACAGAUUUGCAUUCACCCUUCCUGGUGAUUGAUGAGGAGGUUCUUCCCAUUGGAGCAGCCUUUCAUGCUGCAGUUGCACUCUCAUAUUUGGAUAAUGUUGAUGCUGUUGUGACGCAUUAGGAGCUUUUGACCUAUAUUCACAGUGAAUAACUCAUGUUGUAACUUGAAAUGUUUAUAUCCAUUUAUAAAAAUGAAGAUAUAUCAUUCAUGGGAAAUAAUUUCCGCA